CAUACACUUUUUUACGUCAACCUGCGAUUUCAUAAACUUACACACUUCAACCUCAAGUUCCACCAUCAGCAGUUAUCGUCUCCAUUAUUACUCGCCCGAGGUGCUCUUGCUAACCACUCAUCUACAAAGAGCACAUUGAACUACAUGCAACUUACGCAAUGGCCACGACCACGAUAACGGCGACAGUCCGAAAGAAAGAUGCCAACCUUCCGCCAGAGAACGAGCGAUUCUUGCGAUGUUGCGCCGAUAUUGCGAAUGCCCUCAUCGAAGACCAUGAAGCCUCCAAGAACCCCAAGAAUCCCAAGCGGGAUAUCAAUCUCAACAGCCUGCGCUCGAAAUUCUCGAGGAAGCAUAAGAUCGCUAGCAUGCCUCCGCUGACGGCCAUUAUCGCCGCCGUUCCCGAACACUACAAGAAAUAUAUCCUACCGAAACUGAUCGCGAAGCCUAUUCGCACUUCUUCGGGUAUCGCAGUUGUGGCUGUCAUGUGUAAACCUCACAGAUGCCCUCAUAUCGCCUUCACUGGCAACAUCUGCGUCUACUGCCCAGGUGGGCCCGACUCCGACUUCGAAUAUAGCACACAGUCCUAUACAGGUUACGAACCCACCUCCAUGCGUGCCAUUCGCGCCCGAUACGAUCCUUUCGAACAAGCUCGAGGUCGUGUUGAUCAGUUAAAGUCUCUCGGGCACUCGGUAGACAAGGUCGAAUAUAUUAUCAUGGGCGGCACAUUUAUGUCGCUCCCUAUUCCAUACCGAGAAGAGUUUAUCUCCCAGCUGCACAACGCCCUAAGUGGUUACCAGACGACGAACGUCGAUGAGGCGGUCGAAGCCGGCGAGAUGAGCAAUGUGAAGUGCGUUGGUAUUACCAUCGAAACUCGACCAGACUACUGUCUCCAACCACAUCUAACAGAUAUGCUUCGAUAUGGAUGUACACGUUUAGAAAUUGGCGUUCAGUCAUUGUACGAAGAUGUCGCACGAGAUACAAAUAGGGGGCAUACUGUUGCUGCAGUCGCUGAAACGUUCUGCCUUGCCAAGGACGCUGGAUACAAAGUCGUUUCGCACAUGAUGCCGGAUUUACCAAACGUCGGCAUGGAACGCGAUCUAGACCAAUUUCGAGAAUAUUUCGAAAAUCCAGCGUUUCGAACUGACGGGUUGAAGAUAUAUCCUACACUAGUCAUCCGCGGCACAGGUCUUUACGAGUUGUGGAGGACGGGCCGUUACAAGAAUUAUACUCCAAAUGAUUUAAUCGAUAUUGUUGCUAGGAUCUUAGCGCUCGUGCCCCCUUGGACUAGGAUCUACCGAGUGCAGAGAGAUAUACCGAUGCCGCUAGUCACAUCCGGUGUUGAGAAUGGAAAUUUGAGAGAAUUGGCCCUUGCGCGAAUGAAGGACUUUGGCACGACCUGCCGUGACGUGCGAACACGCGAGGUCGGCAUCAAUGAGGUCAAGCACAAGAUCCGACCCAACCAGAUUGAACUAAUUCGUCGUGAUUAUACUGCCAAUGGUGGUUGGGAGACAUUCCUGGCUUACGAAGAUCCCAAACAGGAUAUCUUAGUCGCUCUACUUCGCUUGCGAAAAUGCACGGAGAAAUAUACCUACCGUGAGGAGUUAAUCGGCCAACAGACCAGCCUUGUCAGGGAACUACACGUUUACGGAACCGCCGUACCAGUCCACGCUAGGGACCCCAAGAAGUUCCAACACCAAGGCUUCGGUACUCUCCUCAUGGAAGAGGCCGAACGUAUCGCGCGUGACGAACAUGGGAGCGACAAGAUUAGCGUCAUCAGUGGCGUUGGAGUGAGAAGCUAUUACAGGAAACUCGGAUAUUGGUUAGACGGUCCUUAUAUGAGCAAGUGGCUUGAUGGUCGUCCCCAAGAAAAGUCUUGAACGCAACGGACUCGUUCUUAAUGCUUACGCCGAUAGCUCGAUACGCCUUUCGCGCAACCUACAAGAAACCCCCCGGAUUAUCGAUUUCGAGACAGUAGGAUGUGCCGGUUCCUAUAGGCCGAUCGAGUCUUGGCUUACACACAAGUCUCGGCCUCUUUCGAGUGUGAGAAAAUAUACAAAGGGAAGACUCGGUGUUAGAACGAUACAAGAGGAUAUUCGGAUCUACUUUAGGCCAUGAGAAAACCGGAAUCAUUCCGGAAUCAUAUCCAGUUCAGGUGCUAUAACUACCUCCUGAACCGCCGAUAUAGACACGUAAAGAUAGGUGGUCCUAUCUCUGUUGACCAGGGCUAAGUGCGACCUCAUCAACGUUUGCUUAGUUAUCUACCUAUCAAAACAGGUAGUUUAAACCGAGCUUCCAUGCUUUUUGAAGGGCGCUAUCUUUGCAUCUGACCUAUUCCCUUUACGAUAUCCUAUCUGGUUUAGAAAAAGAUGGCCUGAGAGAAUUGCCAAGGCCAGCCACGACGUGG